AUGCGGGACAACACUUUUGAAGAUUUUGAAGACUUACAAAUCGUUUUUGAAAGUGCUACAGCAAGGGGAAACAACUCAUUUGGACUCAGUGAUGAUGCAAAUGCUGAAGCUUUUGAAGUUGAGAAUGAUGUUCAAGAAAAAGAAGAUGAGAUUCAUACAGAGAAUGUCACUGAAACCAAUGAAACCACACGUAGAGCUUCUAAAGAAAAGUUGCCUUCUAGGAAGAGAGCUAAACCCAAUGGUGAUGGAGAUGCAUCAGAGUCAAUUAAUCCUGGUGAUCGUUCUGAAAAGGUGCUAACUGAAAUGAUUGGAGUGAGCACUAAUAUCAUGAACCUUAUGCAACAAAGAGAAGAAAGACAUCAAAAAGAAGCUGAAGAAAAAGAAGCUGAAAAGAGAAAGAAUAAUGUUUGGGAUGCAAUCAAAGAGAUUCCUGACUUGGAACAGGAUAUAUGCUAUGAUGCAGUAACUAAAAUUCAUACGUUGAAUAUGAAAGACGUAUUUCUUAGGAUGAAGGUUGAAGAACGUUUGGGUUGGAUCCGACGUAAUGUUUAG